UGCCCAUAUAUAUAUACUGUUUGAAAUAGAAAGAGAAAACAUUAAAAGCUGUUGUGUUGUGUCGUUGAUUCACCACUGAGCCGCUGAUAAGGGCCCGGCGGACGCAACUCAAUCAAGUCCUCCGGUGUAUCACUUGCGGUUCCUGCAGAGUUGCCAAAAUAAAGGAAAGAAUGGGUCACAACAAGCCAAGACGAUUCAAUGGUCAAAAUUCUCAUCGUGGAGAAGGCAGUCGGAACCGUAAUCAACUUCCACUUGAACAAGAGUUCCCACAGUCCGAUCAAGCCAUUGAAGAAGAGCCAUCCGGUCCCAAAAUCCAACUUGCGAUGUGGGAUUUUGGGCAAUGUGAUUCAAAAAAAUGCACAGGACGCAAGCUUUCAAGAUUUGGCUUAAUAAAAGAGUUACGUGUGAAUAGUGGAUUUGGAGGCAUUGUUUUAAGUCCAGUUGGAACACAGUGUGUCUCAAGAGAAGAUUAUAGUUUAAUCCAUAGAAAAGGACUAGCUGUUGUGGAUUGCUCAUGGGCACGCUUGGAUGAUGUACCAUUUGUGAAGCUGCGUUGCAGUGCACCUCGCCUAUUGCCAUGGCUAGUAGCAGCAAAUCCUAUAAAUUAUGGGCGACCAUGUCAGCUGUCUUGUGUGGAGGCAUUAUCAGCAGCUUUAAUCAUAUGUGGGGAAGAAGAAACGGCAAAUUUGCUUCUUGGAAAAUUUAAAUGGGGUCAUGCUUUCCUGUCCCUCAACCGGGAACUUCUAAAGGCAUAUUCUGAAUGUGAAAACAGUGCUGCUAUUAUUUCAGUUCAGAAUACAUGGCUUUCACAACAAAGGGAGGCCCCUAAGGCUCUGGCAGAAGUAAAAGUAGGUACAGGAGAAAACAAGUCAUCAAGGACUGAGGUGGAGGGGUCUUCUGAUUCUGAGGAUGGUCUUCCCCCACUCGAAAGGAAUAUGAAUCAUUUGAACUUUGAGGAUACUGACGAAGAAAGUGAUUGAAAGGAAUAUGAAUCAUUUGAACUUUGAGGAUACUGACGAAGAAAGUGAUUGAAAGAAGGAUUAUAGUUAUUUGACUUAUUUCUACUUCACCGUAGCUCUCCUAUAUAAAUUUUGGUAGGUUGGUUUCUAAUUUAUUUUUGACGAAUUCGUCCUCAAAAUUAAAGUAUAUAUUGUUUGGCAAAUUAAUCAACUUUUAGUUUAAGUCCAAUAGUGGUAGUUUUGUUAUAUUUUACUUUCUUUAAUUUAUUUUUAUAUUAAUUUCAAAUAUUUUUCUU